ACACGUCAUAACGUAGGUGCGUAGUUGUGUUGUUGGUGGAGGAAAGGGAAACGGUGUGGCGAAGUCAGAAAUCUAAAGGGAGGUGUAAUUGCUACUUUAGAAAACACGAAAAAACAACACAACAUCCUUCACAUACGGUACGAAGACACCAACUAAGAAAAUCCGUCUAAGUCCAUCGUUUUUAAAGCGGGGGCCGACAUGUCUGAAACAUACGACUUCCUGUUUAAGUUCCUGGUGAUUGGCAGUGCUGGGACAGGGAAAUCUUGCCUCCUGCACCAGUUCAUUGAGACCAAGUUCAAGCAGGACUCCAACCACACCAUCGGGGUUGAGUUUGGUUCCAGGGUGGUCAACGUCGGGGGUAAGACGGUUAAACUACAGAUCUGGGACACAGCUGGACAGGAGCGCUUCAGGUCUGUGACUCGCAGCUACUACCGUGGAGCGGCAGGGGCGCUGCUUGUCUAUGACAUUACAAGCCGGGAGACGUACAACGCCCUGACCAACUGGCUGACAGACGCACGGACGCUGGCCAGCCCCAACAUCGUCAUCAUCCUGUGUGGGAAUAAGAAGGACCUGGACGCGGACCGAGAGGUCACCUUCCUCGAGGCGUCCCGCUUCGCACAGGAGAACGAGCUGAUGUUCCUGGAGACCAGCGCUCUGACAGGGGAGAACGUGGAGGAGGCCUUCCUCAAAACUGCCCGCACCAUCCUCAACAAGAUGGAGUCAGGUGAAUUGGACCCAGAGCGAAUGGGUUCCGGUAUACAGUAUGGAGAUUCUUCCCUGAGGCAGCUGAGACAGCCCAGAGGUACCACCGCACAGAUCAAGCAGCAGUGUAACUGCUAGGGGCCGGACCCCCACCCUCACCCUUCAACCCCACACUCACAGGACGCCCCCUAAAGCUCUAGGUGUUUUGGGAUGUGCAGGACCCCUCUCCCUUCUGCAACCCCUUACACACUUACAGCAUACUUGGACCAGCCGCCGUGGAGAUGACCUGCAACCCCUGACUUAUUGGUAAGAGUCUAUACUUCCUGCCAAGGGAGGUUACCCGGGCCCCUGGGUCCUAGGCCGGGAGACCCUGUGGUGUGAACUGUGCUGGGAACAUAAGACAGUCAAUAUCUGGCAUGACUGUCAGGGUCAGGGGUUGUGUGUAGGGGAUGUCCCGUUUUUACCCUUUUGUUGUUUUUAUCAGCACACGCACGCACGCACACGCACAGACAGAGACAGUACACACACCACCUGUAACUGAAAGUUCAUGAAGGAUGAAUUGCAAAACACACAUGGUCAACUUCCUCAUUCAUACGCAGCCUGUUAGACUGCACUAUCAGGUUGUUUGACAAGUUCUUGUGUUUUACACAUCACUCACUAUUAUUAUUAUAUUUCUGUUUUUUAUAAGCUGAAUUUAACCUUUGUUUGCACUGAACAGUACUUCUUAUCAAGCCUGCUAUUCACAUUCUGAUAACCAGGCAAACCUAAGUCUCCCAAACCCAAACUUGACUACUCUGCAACCCGAAAAGAGCCGUUUACCACCAACACCCAAGCAUGAGCAGGUUGUUGGGUCAGUUGUGAAUGCUUCCUCAAUUAUUGUCCAACCUUUUCCCCUUGUUGUUCUCCUGGCUUCAGAUGUCACUGAUUCCACCGGUCUAAAUGUUACCACAUGUAACUUGACUUUGGGUAUAAAUGGCAUUGAUUCUAAUCUAACAGACAACUUCUCCAAGGUUUGAUUUCAAUUAAUGCAAUUUAUCAAGUGGAGUAGAGAAAUGCUUGACGUUGUGGAUGUAUACAGUCCCCUCAACACCCCACCCACACAAUUUUUUUGUUGUUGUCACUACUAGCACCUCCCAAAGGGAAAUCGAUUCACUCCAUAAGGCACUCAAAGGCCUGUGGGUCGUGUCCAUAGCACAAGGAUGAGUACGGUUUCAGUUCAGUCUUCUCUUAUGGUUUUCCAAAGGACCCCAAUGACCACUUGUUGUUCCCCAUUUAUCAGCUGCAUAUCUAAUGUCACUGCUUGCCUUUGCCAUGUAAGGGUUACACUCUGUCUCAAUCUCAGGCUCUAUCGCGCCCUGGGGGUGGGGAGGUUAUCUCUGAGAAUGUAACCCCAUCUCUGCCCUCUUCAUUUCUCUGCUGCUCUGAGUUUGCAUGUAAAGACCUGUCACAGGAAGCUAGACUGGUUUCAGUGUCACUAGUGGGAAAUAUUCAGGUUACAGAGCCAGGCUGCAGUCUGUAGCAUUCAACUGCACUUCUUGUUUUUACAUUUUGCCUCUUCCACCUAUCAUUUUCUGACUGUCAUAUAGCAUCAGGUUAUGAAAAACAAACAUUUAGAAUUUCAGGCCCUUAUGCACCCGUACCUAAUUCCUAAGCAAUGCUACUGUUUGGACUCCACUAAGAGCAGUUUAUCUGUUACACUGAAGCAGCCUUGAGAAGAUGGCUAUCAAAAUGCCACUGUGACAUCAUCAACCUGAGAAAGACUGGUCCCAUUUUGUGUAAACACAUUUUUUUUUAAAGUCUGCUUUGUUACUUUUUUUCCUCCUCUGCAAGUGCACUUUCACAUGAGAUUGUUUUGUUUAUAUACUGUAUCUAUAGAAUUGUACAAAUUGAAAUAUAUACUGUAAUAAAAGAGCAAUUGGAGAGGUAAUCAUUCCUCACUAAAGAACAACUGAGAUUUUGUCCUUUCUCUCCCGGUAUCGACUGACUGACCCAAGCCUCCUGUUCUAGUCUCCCUCUCCAGGGUUGUGUCAAAAUGAUUCACUCUAAAAAAAAUUGACUUGUUAUUUGUAGCUUCCUGCUGCUGUGUAGGGGUGAUGUAACAUUUGACAAUUACUGUGACUUCCUGAGCCCGUGUGAGUGUGCGGACCACAGACUGACGGCAAUCAGUCAGUCAUGUCUCACUACCAUAGUGAUGCACUCCCUGCUGCUUGACCCUAAGACCAUUGAACCUUGGCCUCAAUGUCUUGUGUAUUCUAUUGAAUGCAUCGUAAGCACUUAGUAAUAGGCUAAUGGUCAUGUGAUUAACUUCUGUCAUUUCGACUCGAAACGGAGCAGAAUCUCAGUUGUUGCUUAGUAACCAAUGUGAUUAAAUAAUUGUAGGUACUACUGUACAUCUGAAUAAUCUAUGCUGUAAAUACAUUUUCAGUUUGUGUAUUGGAUUUGUUUUUGGCAGGGAAGGGUCGCUUGUUCAUUUUAAGAUGUAUUCUAAAUAAACACAGCUUUUUAACUCUG